AUGGAACCGGAACUUAAAUCCCGGGCCAUUUCAUCGACUUUUUUUUUCUUGCUCCUGGCGGCGCUUUUCACAUCCUCAUCCUCACGCUCGAUUUCUCUCAGACACGCAGCAUUCCGCGCAAUAACCGCAUCCCCUGCCGCGUUUGCUGUUAAGCCCGGAACUUUGGCUGCCCUUGGCCCUUCGCUCCUGAGAUUGAGCGGCCAGUCUACCAAAGUAGCUUUCCAGCAGCGAUGGAAUUGGAAUUCUUCUUCAAAUGGUAGCGAACCAUACGGCCGGAGGAGCUUCCAACAGACCGAUCGUCGAAAUGAGAGUCAGAGAGAGAGAGAGCCGCUGCCAAUCAAACCAAACGAGACGAUCUACGUUGGCAACCUCUUUUUCGAAGUUACCGCCGAGGAUUUGAAACGUGAUAUGGCAAAAUUCGGAACUAUCUACUCCGUUCGCAUUGUUUAUGACAGCCGUGGAAUGAGCAGAGGGUUCGCAUAUGUCCAGUUCGACUCCGUUGAAGCUGCUGAGGCAGCAAUUUCCGAGAUGAAUAUGUCCAUCUAUGAAGGACGCAGAAUUGUUGUCAACUAUUCGACCCGCAAUAGCGCGGCGCCUAGAACACGCGCUAGCGAACCGACCAAAACCCUUUUCAUUGGAAACCUGUCCUUCGAAAUGACUGAUCGCGAAUUAAAUGAUCUCUUCAGAGAUAUUCCUAAUGUUGACGAUGUUCGCGUCUCAGUCGACAAGAGAACCGGUAGACCCCGUGGAUUCGCGCAUGCUGACUUUUUGGACGUUGAGAGCGCCAAGGCUGCAAUGGAAAUUCUCAAGGAGAAGGCGCCUUAUGGACGUCCCCUUCGACUUGACUACAGCCUCAACACUAAGGAUAUGUUGGCUAGUCAAAAUAGAGGCUCGCGAUCCCCAAGCUCUAACCCCGACGAGCCAUUCCAGGCGGAGACCACCGAAACUGAAAACGUCACUUCUGAACCCGCACGGUAGAGUCAGUGACGCGCAACCAAACUGAAUGGAGCUUCUGGAUAAAUACACUACCACAAACUGGGAAUGGGCCUGCAUGGGUGUCUGCUGUAAUGUUUUACGUACUAUGGGCGUUCUAUCUGUUGCAUCAAUUUUGAUUAUGGGGUUGUUGGGGAGCGGAAAGGAGUAGGAUGGGUCCUCCCAUUGUUUCAUGUCCUCCUUUGCUUCCUUGCUCAUCCUCCCUUCGUCUCCCUAUAUACCGUUGUAUUCUGCUUAGCUGCGUCUUCUCGCCGUCAUUCCUGUUCACAGAUUUUCGUUCCCCAACGCCCCUUCAUCUAUUUCUCCGCGGUAUUCCUUUUCUUUAAAAUUGUAAAUUAUACUUGCAUGUACGGAUGUUUAUUCUGAAUUUUGUGAAACCCACUAAUUCUUUUCUGGUUCCUCAAUUGUUUGACUAUUACACGAGGACUGCUAUUUUGUGCGUUUUGUAAAAUAACGUGACUUUAGGGAUAUUGUCCGAAUCUCCUCUUUUUGAAUAAUAACAAUAAUUGAUCCUACA